UCAACUCCCCGCCUCUGUCCAGUACCUCGCCGAUAAAUGUCUCUCAAUUACUUUCGCACCCAGAAAUCGGUAAAGCCCUCCUGGCUUUUUUGGAUAGCAGAUUUACGAGUUCAUCAGAAGGGUUUUCUUCGAUCCCACACCUCCCGUCCAUGGUUUCUGGCCCACUUGCAGAAACAACCCCCACCGGUGAUUUUCCCCCAGCGACAGCUAUUACAGUUUCUGCCUCUUUGACUGGGAAGACGAACCCAACAAAUCUCUUGCACCUAGUUAAUUCAAAAAGAGAAGGUCAGUUAAGUCAAAAUCAGAUGGCCACCGACAUGAGCGGAUUGAUCUCAGAGAAUCGCGUUGGAUGUCUGCCUGAGAUUUCUA